CUGUCCAUAGGGCAAUGGCAGCAUUAGCAUUUCAAAGUUCGACGAGAGCAGACGCACACUACAUCAGUAUCAUCAUCAUAUUGCCAUGGAACGGAGUCAUCUUUAUUUGCCCACCCUGAGUUACGCGACCAUGGGUCACGUAUACGCCCCGUAUAACGGGAUCAGUUCACCCGCCACAACAUCACCAUUAUCAUCGUCAUCGAAGCCGGAACACAUCGAGGAGCUGGUGUCACAGCAGCUGCAUCAUCUGAAGAUGCAUUACGCCGACGAGGAGCAGCGCUACGUGGACCAGAUGCUCCUCGAGAAUCCCAUUGUGGUCGAACGCCGAGCACCGCCGCCCCUCAAAUCGGAGAUAGUCGUGGACCAAGGAUCCAAUUCGGGUUCCGGCUCAGAUCGAUCGGAUGUCAAGGAGGCCAAGGACGCACAGCGUCAGCGGGCAGAGUCGUGCCGCAAGUCGCGCUACAACAACAAGAUCAAGAAGGCCAAGCUGCGCUUCCGGCACAAGUUCGUCAGCGGGCAGCUGAAGAAGAGCGCCGUGAUGUUGAACACGAUGCGGGAUGUGAUCGCGCAGGCGGAGCGGCAGCUGCUCGACCGGGGCUUCCCCGCCUCGGCCCUCGAGCGGAUGCGCACCACCUUCGGCCUGGAGAUGGAGCACUGACUAACCACAAAACACACACCCUGAUAGGAACGGAUCCCUGACUAGUCCAGCAUUAGCCACACCACUUUUUUUUUUUUUCUUGUUGACUAUAUUUA